AAGAGCGCAGGAGCAAACAGUUCAAGCCCAGACGCCCCACGACGAGGACUGCCGCGAGCCUGGGUCUGCCGGAGGCGGGGCUUGGCACCCGCCGCUGGCCGAGAGGGUGGCCCUCGGAGGGCAGCCGGUAGCCAGCCGCCUUCCUGUGGCCGGGAGUGCUCGGCUUCGCCCCAGCGCAGCCAGAGCCGGGCUUACCCCGUCCCGCGGCUGCCAUGGAGUCCACGCUGGGCGCGGGCAUUGUGAUGGCCGAGGCGCUGCAGAACCGGCUGCCUUGGCUGGAGAACGUUUGGCUCUGGGUCACCUUUCUGGGCGACCCGAAGAGCCUCUUUCUGUUCUACUUCCCCGCGGCGUACUAUGCCCGGCGCCGCGUGGGCGUCGCGGUGCUCUGGAUCAGCCUCAUCACCGAGUGGCUCAACCUCAUCUUCAAGUGGUUUCUAUUUGGAGAGAGGCCUUUUUGGUGGGUCCAUGAGUCUGGGUACUACAAUCGGGCACCUGCCCAGGUUCACCAGUUUCCAUCUUCUUGUGAAACUGGUCCAGGCAGCCCCUCCGGACACUGUAUGGUCACAGGAGCGGCCCUCUGGCCCAUAAUGACGGCCCUCACUGCCCAGAUGGCUGCUCGGGCUCACAGGCGCUGGGUAAAGGUGAUCCCCAGCCUGGCUUACUGCACCUUCCUCUUGGCAGUUGGCCUGUCCCGGGUCUUCCUCUUAGCACAUUUCCCUCAUCAGGUGUUGGCAGGCCUCAUCACCGGUGCUGUCCUGGGCUGGCUGAUGACCCCCCGGGUGCCCAUGGAACGGGAGCUAAGCUUCUAUGGGCUGACAGCACUGGCUCUCAUGCUGGGCGCCAGCCUCAUCUAUUGGACCCUUGUUAGCCUGGGCCUGGAUCUUUCUUGGUCCAUCAACCUGGCCUCCAAGUGGUGUGAACGGCCUGAGUGGGUACAUCUGGACAGCCGGCCCUUUGCCUCCCUGAGCCGCGACUCAGGGGCUGCCCUGGGACUGGGCAUCGCCCUGCACUCUCCCUGCUAUGCCCAGAUUCGGCGGGCGUACCUGGGAAAUGGUCAAAAGAUAGCCUGCCUUUUGCUGGCGAUGGGGCUGCUGGGCCCUCUGGACUGGCUGGGUCACCCCCCUCAGAUAAGCCUCUUCUACAUCUUCAACUUCCUUAAGUACACUCUCUGGCCCUUCCUGGUCCUGGCUCUUGUACCCUGGGCUGUGUACAUGUUCAGUGCCCAUGAAACCCACUCCAUCCACUCUUCCUGACUCCCUUGUGCCCUCUUUGUCCCUGUUCCUGCCCACAAAGCCUGUUCUCUUUGACCUCCACACUCCAGGAGGCAGCCUCCUCCCUGAGUCACCAAGCAGGCCCAACUUGACCAGAUGUUCUCACCACCUGGUGUUGGCCCCCAAAAGGGC